AUGCUGCGCAAGUACGGCACCCUUCUCUGCGGUGCCGUCGCCGGCAUCCUGCAGGUUCAGGCGGAGCAGCCCGGAGCAGCGAAGCCUGAGAAAGCUGAGCUUCGUGACCUGCACUGGGGUCAGCUCAACUUCCUUCAUACUACGGAUACGCAUGGCUGGCAUGCAGGUCAUCUUCAAGAAGCCCAGUAUUCCGCCGAUUGGGGAGACUAUGUCUCGUUCGCCCAUCACAUGCGACGAAAGGCUGAUGAACGUGGCGCCGACCUCCUCCUUGUUGACACCGGCGAUCGGGUAGAUGGCAACGGCCUCUACGAUGCGUCCGAUCCCAAGGGUCUUUUCACAUAUGACAUCGUCAAGGGGCAAGACAUCGACAUCAUAUGCAGCGGGAAUCACGAGCUUUACGUCGCGGAAACAGCCCGGCAGGAGGUCACGCGCAAUAUCCCCAACUUCAAGGGACAAUAUAUUUCCUCCAAUCUCGACUACAUCGAUCCCAAGACUGGGAAGCAGGAGCCCAUGGCCCGACGAUAUAGAAGAUUCAAGACCAAGAAUCAAGGCAUAGAUAUCGCCGCAUUUGGAUUCCUCUUCGACUUCACCGGAAACGACAAUAACACCGUCGUUAUACCAGUGAAGCAGGCUGUCAAGGAGGAAUGGUUCCAGAAGGCGAUCCGCGAAGACGUCGAUCUCUUCGUAGUUAUUGGCCAUGUGGGAUUGAGGAUGGAUGAGUUCAGAAUUAUCCAUAAAGCUAUCCGCCAAGCCAACUGGAAUAGCCCAAUUCUUUUCUUCGGCGGCCAUGCCCAUGUCCGUGACGCCGUCAACUUUGACUCCAAGGCGGCUGGCAUUGCAAGUGGCCGAUAUUUCGAGACUAUUGGCUGGAUGUCCGUUGACGGCCUCAAGAUCAAGGAGAAGGAGAAGGAGAAGACUGAAGACCCUUCCAUUAGCUCCAGCUUCAAGGUCCACCGCAGGUAUAUCGACAACAAUCUCUACGGCAUGUACCACCAUACCGGUCUCGACAACGCUACUUUCCAUACGGAAAAGGGCCAAGCCGUCAGUCAACAAAUCACGAGGGCUCGAAAGAUCCUGAAGUUGGACCACAAGUACGGCUGUGCUCCCAAGGAUCUCUGGCUGACCCGCACUCCUCACGACGCCGAAGAUAGCAUAUUCACCUGGAUCGGAAACGAGGUCCUUCCCGGCGUGGCCACUAAUAAGGAGAGAGCUGACAUCCCGAGACUUGCAAUUCUCAACACCGGGGGUAUUCGGUUCGACGUCUUCAAGGGCGCCUUCACGCGAGAUAGCACGUUUCUCGUGAGCCCCUUUGUUAGCACCCUGAAGUAUAUCCCCGAUGUUCCGUACGAAAUCGCGAGCAAGGUUAUCACCUUGCUGAACAGUGGCGGGAACAUCUUCACCGACCGUGGCCUCGAUCCUAGGUACUUGUCCGUACCGGAGAAGUGGUCCGGCAAGGACUUGGGCAUGCUGCCCGUCAUUCCGGGUCCCGGACUCGAGUUGCCAGGUGCAGCGGAGCAAUACAGGCUGGCUGGCGACAAUACCGAUGACAAGGACAAGGACACGGACCGGCGGACGCGAACUGAGGGUUACACGACUGAGGACGACUUUGGCAAGGAUGGCGAUGAUACUCUCCACGCGCCUGUCCCGUACUUUAACAUCCCGAACUGCAUUCAAAGUGAGAUUGCAUUCCCGGUGGACUCCACUCCGGAGAAAGUUGACCUUGUCUUUAUUGAGUUCAUCACUCCGUGGGUUCUUGUUGCCCUCAAGUUUGCCGGUGGCGAUUACACCAAUGAGGAUGUCGGGUCAUACACGAAGGAGACCUUUACCGAGCUCCUGGCCCACUGGGUCAAGGAUAACUGGAGGAACAAGUGUUAA